GUUUAAAAAAUUAAAACUAUUUCCUUCUGGGAUUUGGCUUUCUUUAAUCUCUGAUGAAUUCUUGGAAUUUUAUGUAGUGAAGCAGUGUAUUUGCAAUGUGGUCAGCUUCAAAUUUGCAGCCUAUGUCUUUCAAACCUCAACCCCACCUUUGCAAUGACGGCUGCACUGAGUUCAGACAGCGCAUGAUUUUUGCUUGGUCCAGAAUCAACCGAGUCGAGAUCAGCCACUGCCUUACCUCACAAACCAGAAAUUUCACACCUUUUAGACAAGCAUCCCAUUCGCUAUUGCGGGGACGAUGCCAAGUCACGAGUGAAGAUUCAGGAGGAACUUUGAGUGGCGAAAGCAUCUUGCAAAAUGAAGAAACCUUGGCUCGAGAUUUAAAGACUGCUAUUAAAGAGGAGAACUAUGCCCAAGCAGCAAAAAUCAGGGAUAGCCUCCGGCUUCUCCAGGAGAAUAGUAAGGCGUCUGUACUAGCAGCAAAUGCUCGAUUUUACAAUGCUUUCAAGACUGGUGAUUUAGCUUCUAUGCAAGCCCUAUGGUCGAGGGGCGAGAAUACAUGCAUUGUGCACCCUGGGGUGAGUGGCAUAUCGGGCUAUGAUCUUAUAAUGGGAAGCUGGGAGUUUGUGUGGGCAGAAUAUGAAUUCCCACUUGAGAUAGAGAUCAGGGAUGUCCAAGUUCAUGUUAGAGGUGAUAUCGGGUACGUUACAUGCGUUGAAAUGGUCAAGACAAAGGGUAGCAGCUGGGGAAAACAGUUUGCUACUAAUGUGUUUGAGAAGGUUGAUGGGCAAUGGUUCAUAUGUAUUCAUCAUGCCUCUUAUAUUGACCUGUAAUUUGUGAACAAGAGAGCUGUUUUAGGAGUGAGAAUUGUAUAACGUCAUAGGUUUUGUAACCUAUUAUUAACGAGACAUACUAGCAUAAUAGAUUAGUGGCAUGUUUGAUCAAGCUGUUGAAAUCAGCUUAUUUGAGAGGUACUUCAUAUCAGAGGUGCUUUGAGAGAGUUGCAGUUACUUUUUUAUAAAUCAUUUGAGAAGUAAUUUUGAUAGCAGUAGUUUGUGUUUGGUCAA